AUGGCGCCCAAUAAGAAGAAGAAGAAAGCAGCCUCUAAUCCGGCACGAGGAUUUGCAACCGUCUCUGUGCCAUCUAAAGUGAAGCCUCAAAGCUCUACUGAGCCAGCAGAGCCUGAAAGUGCUGCUGGUUCUGAUGUUUUGUCGGAUAAACCGCCAGCAGAGGCUUCUCAGGACGCAGAUGCUGCUCAAGCGGCCAGUCACAAGCCUGAACUGCAUGAACUGACUCCUGACGAGCUAGAACGGUAUCUGGAAGAAGCGGAACUGCAGGCUAUCGUCGACAAGCAUGGCAUUAAAUGCAAGGGUGAUGCUGCUCGCUACUCUAUCAAACUGGCGGCUGAAAAACGCCUCCUACGAUCCCAGGCAACGCUGGUGGAUAACAUUAGCGACUGGCUCUCGCCAGACCUUCUAGACAAAAUACUCGAGAAGGAGAAGGCAGAAGCAAAGAAGCAGCCUGUCGUGUCGAACAAGACAGAGUACAAUAGACAACUCACUCUCCCUGUUGAGGAAAAUGUGUGUAUUAACAUGUGGAUUCUUCGUCUCACUCUCCUGGAACUCGGUUUCCAGGAGGCAGACAUCGAUGUGACAUUGAAAAAUCUGCUGAUACAUGGGCCGUUGGAAAAAAUAUCUGGAAAGGAUCCCAUCCCGGCCUUGGACCAAGCAUUCUACUACCUAGCACUCUUCCUAAACAAGGACAGCUUGACUGCAUAUGACAAGAGCAAACCGUUGGAAAGAAUAGGUAAGGUUAUCACUGUUGGUGAAGAUGCAAUCAGUUUACUGCCAGAAAGAAUUGCCUCGAGGAAUUCUAGUCCUGUGAGCCAUACGCGGUGCAGCACACCAAGCAAGUCUCCAGAGGCCAUCUCUACGCGUAUUUCACGCCCUCCAAGCCCGGAAUCUGAGGGAGAUAGCAAUCUCCAUGACCCGGAAAUGCUAGUGCCCGAAUUCCUUGCUCUGCGAUCAAGGCUCUAUGAACUCGAUCCUUCUAUGUUCAACAAAACAAAGUCGAAAAAGGUGGCAAAACAGGGCUCCAAACAGACACAAGAUCAAAGCCGUCAUCCUACUGUUGCUAACAUUAAAAGAAAACUUGCUCGAAUUGAACAAGAUAUUUUGUUUGAUGCGCAUGAAGCAGAGGAGCGCUGGGCAGAAAGGCUAGAGGAGCUCAGACACGCAACUGGAGAGAGUCUGAGAAAGAGCCUUAGCUCCCCGAAAGUUAUUCCUAAUGUCUUGGAUACGGAGCUCAAUGAAACGCCCGCAAAGGAUACCCUAUCUGAGGAAGAUGAAGGACUUUUCGGUGAAAUGUUUGACUCGGGCAUAAAUGACACUAAAGGCCAGCCUCUACUCGGGGUUACAAAUACCACUAUCAAACUAAGAGACUUUGGAAAAUCGGUGGGAAUUAGUCCAAGAAAAGCUUUGGAGGAUGCGUGUCGGGCCAGCAUUUCUCCCCAAUCUCUGAUCCUUUAUAUGACGGGUAUAAGCGCUGCAUCGGAUCUACAGGCCGAAUCAUACAUCUCAACCGUUGCUUUGUUUGUAUUGCUUUCACAUGCCUGGAAGGAGAGUAAAGCAUCUGUUAAACUUACGGGUAUAUGGAAGGAUGUUUGGGAUGAGAUAGUUCAGGAAAAGAAAGAAUAUGACGAUAAUGCUGAUAAGCAAACCGUUAAAAUUAUCAAGGGAUAUAUCCAAGAAUACGAAAGUCGUCUCGAGGAAGAUGUUGUGCUUAUUCACAACUUUAGGCAAAGAAAUGGCACUGGAGAUGUUACGCCAGCAGAGGAAGUUGUACAGCGGAAACAUAACUCUGAUAUAUUAUCUCCUGACCUUCAAAGUCUCUGGACCGAUCGGAGUUCGUCUCCCAGCUUCCAGAGGAUGACAGAAUCAAGGGCAGGGCUUCCAAUAUGGUCAUUCAGAGGUCAAGUUAUCGAUGCUCUCGCCAGAAACCAGACGAUUAUCAUCUGUGGAGAGACUGGGAGUGGGAAGAGUACGCAAAUACCUUCAUUUAUACUCGAAAAUGAGCUAGCAUCAGGCAGAGAGUGCAAAAUAUAUGUCACAGAACCCAGACGCAUAUCCGCAAUUUCACUAGCGAGAAGGGUAAGCGAAGAGCUCGGUGAAAAUAGAAACGAUAUUGGGACAAACAGGUCACUUGUGGGAUAUGCGAUCAGGCUGGAGAGCAAAUUCACGGCCUCUACACGAUUGAUUUUUGCGACCACCGGAAUCGUUAUCAGGAUGCUAGAGAGACCCCAAGAUUUCGAUAAUGUUACUCAUUUGAUUUUAGAUGAGGUCCAUGAACGGACAAUUGACGGAGAUUUUCUUCUAAUUGUCCUCCGUCGAUUGCUCAACAGUCGAGCUGACCUGAAGCUGGUUCUAAUGUCCGCGACUGUCGAUGCUAAACGCUUUUCCGGCUACCUAAACGGCGCCCCUAUUUUGAACAUCCCAGGCCGCAUGUACCCCGUAGAAACCAGGUACCUGGAAGAUGUUAUUGAGCUAACGCAAUACCGGCCUGACAAAAUUGAAUCAUAUACAGAUGGAACUGAGGAUACUUCAGAUGAUGAAAAGUCGUCCGCUGCAGAAGACAGCACCACAUUGAAAUCAACCCUCGCCAACUACAGCAAACAGACUCAGACUACCGUCUUAUCGUUUGAUGAGUAUCGUUUGAACUACAACCUCAUCACUAAUCUCCUUUCAAAAAUUGCAACUCACCCAGAGCUACUAGAGUUCAGCAAAGCAAUCCUAAUAUUUAUGCCAGGUCUUGCUGAGAUACGCCGGCUGCACGACGAAAUACUGUCAAUUCCGGUGUUCCAAAGUGGUUGGGUUAUCCAUAGUUUGCAUUCAUCGAUUGCUAGUGAAGACCAGGAAAAAGCAUUCAUAGUCCCCCCGCAUGGCAUGCGGAAAGUAGUGAUUGCUACAAAUAUUGCAGAGACAGGUAUCACGAUCCCUGAUAUCACUGCCGUCAUUGACACUGGCAAAGAAAAGGUUAUGCGAUUCGACGAGAGACGCCAGAUUUCGAAAUUAGUUGAAGUGUUUGUCGCCCGUGCGAAUGCAAAGCAGCGUCGGGGCAGAGCCGGGAGGGUUCAACAGGGAAUCUGUUUCCAUUUGUUCUCAAAAUAUAGACAUGACAAACUUCUUUCUGAGCAACAAAUUCCAGAAAUGCUUCGUCUCUCGCUACAGGAUCUAAUUCUUCGAGUGAAAAUAUGCAAUCUAGGCGACAUCGAAAGCACACUAUCUGAGGCUUUAGAUCCCCCAUCCUCAAAAAAUAUCCGACGAGCUAUUGAUUCUCUAAAGACGGUGAAAGCUCUCACGGGGGCCGAGGCAUUAACGCCACUGGGGAAGCAACUGGCUAAGCUACCGCUGGAUGUAUUCCUAGGCAAGCUGAUCCUAUACGGAGCUUUCUUCAAAUGCAUAGAUGCAGCCGUCAGCAUCGCGGCAAUUUUGUCUUGCAAAUCGCCUUUCCUAAAUGACAUCAACCGCAAAAGCCAGAUUGAAGCUUCAAGAAAAGCAUUUGAACGAGGGGAUUCCGAUUUACUUACCGUUUAUAACGCCUAUUGUGCAUGGAAAAAGCACCGAGCAGAUAAAAGCGAAGCAAGAUAUGCCGGACGCAAACGACAGUUUUUCGUCGCCCCCGAACAUGUGGAUAUGAAUAGCAAUAAUGAUACGAUCGUUAAUUCGGUGAUUGCCUGGAGCUUCUAUCCGAGGCUCCUUACUCGGCAUGGCAAAGGGUGGAGAAACGUGAGCAACAACCAGGCAGUUGUUUUACAUUCGGCGUCAGUGAACAAGCAUACCGAGAACCCGCUGAAAUGGCUCUCCUACUAUCACAUAAUGCAGUCUCGGAACAGAAAUUAUAAUGCACAUGAGACUAGUGCGGUAGAAGAGCUCGCAGUUGUGCUAUGCUGUGGAGAUGCUGAAUUUAAGAUGUAUGCGGGAAUUAUCUCUCUCGACGGCAAUCGUGUUAGGUUCAAAGUGCGUGAUUGGAAAACCAUGCUGGGCCUCCGGGUUUUGAGUACUCGAAUCCGAGAAGUAAUUGCUCAGACAUUCAAGACACCAAAGAAAGAACUCUCCGCGGACCAUAAGCAGUGGCUCGACCUAUUCUUACAGGUCCUUGAGGUAAAGAAGAAACCGGACAAUCCGGAAUACAUAGCAAUGUGA